GAGUGUGAUGACCCCUGCUGUAACGCCUCCACGUGUCAGUUGGUUCCUGGAGCUCAAUGUUCUUCUGAUGGAAUCUGUUGUCGAGACUGUAAACUGCGGGCAGCAGGCUCUGUGUGUCGCGAGCCGAUUGGAGAAUGUGACCUCCCCGAGUUCUGCACUGGCUCCUCCCCCCACUGUCCCCCCAAUGUCUUCCUGCAGAACGGAGAGCCCUGUGAGGAUGGCACCACCUACUGCUACGGAGGAGUAUGUGCCAGCAUGAAAACCCAGUGUCAGACGCUGUGGGGACCCAACGCCACCAGUGCUCCGGCCGUCUGCUUCUCAUCUGUCAAUAAACAAGGAAAUAAAUAUGGGAACUGCGGUCAGCUGAACAACAGAUCCUACGUCCCCUGUGGAAACUCUGAUGUUCACUGCGGACGGAUCCAGUGUCAGGGUGGGAGAGAGCGCCCCCUACUGGGCACCAACGCAGAGAUCCUCACCACCACUGUCAGCUUCAACCUCAGUGACCUUGUCUGCAGAGGAACCUUCUUCCACCUGGGAGACGACGUGUCCGACCCCGCCACUGUGGCCCAGGGCACCGCCUGUGGACCUGGAAAGGCCUGUUUGAACCAGAAGUGUCAGGAAGUGUCCGUUUUCGGUGUUGACGACUGCCGCAGGAAAUGUAACGGUCAUGGGGUGUGUAACAGUAAUAAUAACUGUCACUGUGAUGUGGGCUGGGCUCCACCUGACUGCAGGCACUCCGGUCAUGGCGGCAGCGUGGACAGCGGCCCGGCCUCAGCUGCAGCAGAGUCGGACCCGGUCAGAGUCGCCAUGCUCGUCGUCUUCCUCUUCAUCCUGCCAGUACUCCUCCUCUUCCUCGCUCUUCGCUUCCCACGUGUGCGUCAGAGUCUCCUCUGUGUUGGACCAAACAGCCCGUUUCGCAAAGCUCGACAACACAACCGAACUCAGAUGAUGGAGCGAGUGGACGAGGGAGAUCAGGUCCGACCACUGAGAUACCACCUGAACCCACAGGCCGACAUCCCAAUGACACCGCCCCAGAAAGAGGUUCAUGACAGACCUGCUCCUCCCUCUAAGCCACUCCCCCCUGACCCCACCCUAAACUCCCUGCCGCAGCAGCUGGUGGAACAACCAGCUCCGCCAAACAAGCCACUCCCCCCUGACCCCGUCACACCUGAACAGGUUCCUCUUUCACUCAAACCUAUCGUGCCAAAGAAGCCCCGCCCUCUGGCACCACCAUCCCAUCCCCACCUUCCCCCUCUCCCCCCUCAACCCGCUGCCUUUACCUCAAACACCAAACUCCGCCUACACAGCGCCGUCACACCUGCAACUGUUUCCAACAGACGACCUCCUGAUCCACCCAGUCGACCCACAAUCCCUCAGAAAGUCAAGUCCUCAUCGCCGCUUUGAGCUCGAUGGUUGACUCCUCCCGACCUGAGGAUGACGAAGACAAUGAUGAUGAAGACCUUUCCAUCAUCAUCAUUGGAUUUCUCUCACAGAAACUGUCUGUACAUGUUAGUGCCUUGCUCAACAGCACCUCAGCAGUGGACACUUAGGAAUCAAUCUGGCUACCUUUGACCCAGAGUGGAUGUCUCAGAAGUGUCCUGGUAUCAGAAAACAGUGUCUCCUGGAGGCUCAGGGGGUCGAGUGCCUUGCUUGAGGACCCAGGAAUCAAACCUGUGAGUAAAGACUGAUUUACAGAGUAGUUCCCAAAUUGUGGUGCAGUGCCCUCUGCAGGAGGUUCUUGUGAAAAUGACAGAUAUUUUCUUUAAACUAAAAAAGUUUUUAGUUGAUUUACAAAAAGAUUGUAUUUGUUGGUGUAACAAACACAACAUUGUUUGUCUUCUUCUAAAACUUUUUCUACUGAAACCGAAUCAAAGUUGGACUUUUGAACUUUGAUUCUGACUCUUGAACACAGAAACCUCCGAACAACGUUUCCGAACGUGAUCUGGCACAAAAUGAACUGAAGCUUUAACCGAAGUCACUGGUUCUACCUGGGUUCCCUUGCUGUGAUUGGCUGAGCUGGAUCAUGUUUUUAUUUUUCUUAUGUGCAAGAGGACGUACGUUGCAUCAGCUGUUCGUGACGUCAUGCCAAAGACAAGCUGGAUUAGUGAAGUGUGGAUUUAAAACUUUUAUUUUGAAAAAGGAUGUGAUGAGUUUUACUUCCUUCAGACUGUUUGUGACUUGAAACAAACACAAAAUCAUUUUCUAUAAAACAAAGUUUUCAGUGUAGCUUCCGUCAGAAUCAAUGACUCAUCAGUUUGUCUACAUGCACACUCAUGUUCCAGCGUCACUCGCUACAUGUCAAACAUCCCGUCAACACAAUAUUCAUGGAAAUAUAUUUUUAUUUACACUUUAUUUUGUUUUAUACACAAAUCAUUUGAUAUGAAAAGAAAAAACUCGAACAAUAAAAGAAUUUUAAAAGAAAAUCAAAAAGCUGCAGAAUGAUCGCAAAACUUAAGCUUAACUUAUUUCUGUUUAACUUUAGUUUAACUUCAGUUAACUUCAGUUAACUGAAGUUCACUUUAGCUUAAGUUUAACUUUGUUUUAACUUCAGUUAAGUUUACCUUGAGCUAAGCUUGAGUUUAACUUGAGUUUAACUUGAGUUUAACUUGACUUAACCUCCAGUUUAACGCCAGGUUCUCGACCUGAGAUCAUCAGGUUUUAUUCAGUUAAUUUAUCAAAAACAUGUUUACAAAGAGACAAGAAUCAGAAAAACAACUUUACCAAAAGCAACAACAAUAAUAAAUAAAACAUAUAAACUCACUUGACUUAACUCACAUUUACUCCCAUAGUCCUUUUUAAAAAUUCACGUCAGUGGAGUAAGUUUCUUACUGGAUAUUCCUCCCUCAGGGACCUUUCUGUUGAGAAGAGAACUGAAUUGUAUUAAAUUUAAAUUUCCUGUCGUGUGACCCACUGACUCUAAAUCACUUAUUACAGGACACGUGUGUUUUUAUAGGACGUCUGCAGUUUUUAACUAAACAUAAGAGACAAGCAGGUUUUACUUUUAGUGAGUAACAGUGCAGUGUUUUUAAUGUACAGUGGUCAAACACACAGCAACAUGUACAUUUUAGAAUUUAUCAAACAGCUGACGGACUGAAUGUUUUCACCCAACGAUCCUUCAAUCAUUCAGAUUGAUCAAUUGAUUUAUCAGCUGGUGUUCCAAUUCAAUAAAAACUGUUUCC